AUGGCUGAAAAAUCUGUGUCUGAGCUGAGAGCUGUUCUGCUGGGGAACAGCUGGUCUGAGAGGAGUUCAGUGGGGAACUUCAUACUGGAAAAGGCUGUGUUCAGCCCUGAGGAAGAACCAGACCACUGUGUGAGAGUCAGAGGACAGUUAAAGAACAAAGAAAUAGUUCUCAUCAACACUCCAGAUCUGCUGCAUCCCAACAUCUCUGAAGGCAAACUGACAGAACAUAUAGAAAACUGUGUGAGACUCUCUGAUUCUGGACCUCAUGUGUUCCUGCUGGUUCUACAGCCUGAAGACUUCACUAAGGGACACAAACAGAGACUCUGCAGAGUCCUGAAACUCUUCAGUGAUAAUUCAUUUGAUCAUUCAAUGAUUCUGAUAGCAUCACCCAGAGAGGAGAGUUUAGGUUUAAUGAAAGAAUACAUUGAACAGCCUCCAUUAAAUGACAUGAUCAGUAAAUGUGGAAACAGAUGUCUGAAGCUGAUGAACCUUGGACAUUCAGAGCUGCUGACAUGCUUGGGUCAAACUGUACAGGAGAACAAUGGAGAACAUGUGAGCUGUGAUAUAUUUGAGGAUGAAAACAGAGGAACCUUCCUCACCUUCAACGAAGAAACCAAUAUACCAAAGUCUGAACACAUGAAACCAGCUCUAAACGUGGUUCUGUGUGGGAGGAGAGGAGCAGGGAAGACCUCAGCAGCCAAGGCCAUUUUAGGUCAGACAGAGCAUUUUUCAGUCUCCAGCUCAGAGUGUGUUAAACAUCAGGGAGAGGUGUGUGGACUUUGGGUUUCCCUGGUGGAGCUGCCUGCAUUGAAUGGAAAACCUCAGGAGGAAGUGAUGGAGGAAUCAUUCAGGUGUAUCUCCCUCUGUGAUCCUGAGGGCGUCCAUGCCUUCAUCCUGGUCCUUCCUGUGGGUCCCCUCACUGAUGAAGACAAGGGAGAGUUGGAGACCAUCCAGAACACUUUCAGCUCUCGAGUCAAUGACUUCACCAUGAUUCUGUUCAUCGUGGAGUCAGAUCCCACAGCUUCACCUGUUGAUAACUUUGUAAAGGAAAACAAGGACAUCCAAGAGCUCCGUCAGAGCUGUGGAGGAAGACAGUUUGUCCUCAACACCAGGAACCAGCAGCAGAUCCCAGAGCUGUUGGAUGCUGCAGAAAAGAUGAGAGUGGAAGGAUCCAGAUGCUUCACAAUGAAGAUGUUCACCAAGGCUCAAGUGGAGAAGGUUACAAGACUUAGAGCCGAACUCCAGGAUGUGAAACAGAGGAUUGUGAUGGGAGGUGACGAUAAAAGUCAGAGCGGAGAGUGUCUCAGGAUGGUGCUGAUUGGAAAGACCGGCAGUGGAAAGAGUGCAACUGGAAACACCAUUUUGGGCAAAAAGCAUUUUACUUCCACUUCAAGCUCAAAGUCUGUGACAAAGUUUUGUGAGAAAGCAACAGGAGAGAUUGAUGGGCGGCCUGUAGCUGUGGUCGACACUCCCGGCUUGUUCGACACGACUCUGUCCAAUGAUGACGUUCAACAGGAGCUGGUGAAAUGCAUCAGCAUGUUGUCUCCUGGACCUCAUGUGAUCUUACUGGUGCUGCAGAUCGGUCGCCUAACAAAAGAGGAAAGAGACUCUGUGGAACUGAUCAAGAAAUAUUUUGGCAAGAGUUCAGGUGAUUUCAUCAUCAUUGUAUUCACCAGAGGAGAUGAACUGGAGGAUCAGUCAUUUGAGAGUUACAUUGAAAACUGUGCUGACUUUUUACAAAAACUGAUACAUGACUGUGGAGACAGACACCAUGUUUUCAAUAACAAAGAUCCAAAUCGUGCUCAGGUCAGCGAACUGCUGACAAAGGUUGAGAUGAUGGUGAGGACAAAUGCAGGCAGCUGCUACACCAAUGAGAUGUUCCAAGAGGCUGAGGCAGCAAUAAAACAGGAAGUGGAGAGGAUCCUGAGGGGGAAGGAAGAAGAGAUGAAGGCACAGAAGGAGGAGCUUCAAAAGAAACAUGAGGAAGAGAUACAAGCAAUGAAAACAAGAAUUGAAGAACAAACAGCAGAAAUUGAACAGGAGAGAAUCCUGAGAGCAAAACAACUGAAAGAAAAGGAGCAAAACAUAGAAAAUGAUCGUGAACUGAGAAAAAAAGAACAGGAAAAAAGAGAAGAGGAGGACAAUAAAAGGAAAAGACAGGAUGAACUUCAACAACAAGACUGGGAGAAAAAACUUACAGCUCUGGAGAAAAAAAUAAAGUCAGAAUCAAAGGAGAAGGAAACCAUUGAUAGAGAGUUGGAGCAGAGCAAAGAAGAGCUUAGAAAGCAACGAGAGGACUGGGAAAAGAAACAAAAAGAAUGGUGGGACAAACGGAAUCAAGAAGAUGAUCAGAAACGACAGGAGGAGAAAACAAGAAUAAGAAAGCUACAAGAAGAAUACGAGCAGGAAAAAGACAAAAAUGAAAAGAAAAGAAAAGAAGAAGAUCGAAUCAGAAGAGAACAGGAGGAGAAGGAGAAAAAAGAUCUGGAGGAAAGCUAUAAGAAGAAACUGGAGGAGAUGAAGAAGAAAUAUGAAGAGGAGGCCAGAAAACAAGCUGAAGAGUUUAAUGAGUUCAGAAGGAAAUACACCAAGGACUUUUCAGCGUUGGUCGACAAGCACAUGGAAGAAAUCCAGGAAUUGAAGCAAAAGCAUGUGAGACAAAUUCAGGAGAAAGAAGAGAGCCAUGGCAAAGAGUAUAAUCUGUUAAAAGACCUGUCAAGUCACAAAGAAAAAGCACUGAAAGAACAAAUGAGAGAAGACCGCUCAAUGGACAAAGAAAAACAGCUAAAAGAGGCAGAGGACUUGAAGAAAAAGCAUGAGGAAGAAAUAAAAGAACUAAAAAAGAAAUACAAAAGCAGAUGUAGUAUCCUCUGA